AUGAUUGAUAUUAUACCCAGGCCCCUUGACAGGAAACAGACUGAUCUAGAAAUACAUAACUUGGAAUACUGGAUGGGUCUCCUGCGCCAGGGCUUCAAACGUGACUCACUCGUGGAGAGCGUUUAUCGCAAUUGGCUUGAUUACUUGUGUGACAGAGGCAUUCAAUUUCUUCAACAGCUUGCGCUUUCACCUUUGUUCUAUACCUUUCCCAUUGACCACUUAGCUAAAAUGUGUGUUUCACUGACUAUGCCAGUAUUAACACACAUCAUCUCCUAUAGGGAAUGUCUGACGGCUACUAGCUAUCAAGGUUGUCUAGCAGCUGUCUUUCGAAAGAUGCGUCAAACAGCUAUGGCUUAUAAGUUCAGCUUCGCAGCAGUUGUUUCGGCAAGCUGUUUACUACUUAGCAAUCCUUCCGCUAUACGCAGAAUAUGCAUCUGGGUUCUGAAGUAUUCACGUUCGCGGGGUGUCCUGAAGAUGCUGUUGUUGUACUUCAUCUGCAAAUGUAUUCCAACAAAGACGCUAUUGUCUCUUGCUGGUGAAGAGGAAACCUAUCAAGAAGAUUAA